CGGCAGCGUCUUUGCAGGGGCCAGCUUGGCUACACUACAGCAGGGUCUGCAGGCUGAUAAAACACAAGAUCUCUGGCGGUAGCUCUUGUGGAUGGUUUUCCCUUGCGAAAUUCCUAACCAGGGUUCCCAGUUUGCCAGUCUCUGCUUGCCCGGAUCUCAGAAGAGUGUUCCCAGUGUGCUAGUCCCCACUCCUUGCUUGCCGACCUCUGCUGAGACCCGCUGUGGACAACCCAGGGAUCUUCUCUGUCCAGUGGACUUCUCCAGACAAGCUCUGUGUAUACAGCUCCCAGCACAGCAUCCCAGUCCUGGCUGCACCACAAAAGAAGUUAACCUCCGUGACCACAGGAGGGAGCCACCCCUCCAUCCCCAAAGAACGCACAAAGCUCUGGGAGUCGCUCUAGGGGAUCUCUACAACCCCAUGAGUCUUCCCUCCACCCCAGAUGACUUUGGAGACCUGCAGAUCAUCAGGUCUAUACAUCUCUCAACUUCAACUGUAAAGAGAGUUCAAGGUAUUCAUUACAGGACUUCUGAGCCCCAUGCAAACCAAGGAGAACAACGGGGCAUCUGUUCUACACGUACCUUAUUAUUUCGUAGCAGUGAAGCUGAUGGGAAGCAAGGCGAUAGACCACUUAGGGAACCUGCAGCGGUGCCUGACUCCAGUGGACUAUGCAGCCCAGCAGCUCCCCAGCCCAAACGCUACAAAGGAAAAUAACUUGCCUCUCAGAGCAACCCUUAAACAAUUCCAGGGGACAGAAAUUCUCAUUGUCACUCAAUAAAAACUGUGUAAAUAAGGAAAGUCACCAACACCUGGUUUGAGAGCAA